AUGUUGCAAGCCAUAAACAUACUUAAUCAAGCAACGACAGUUACACAGUUUCUUCAUACACCAUCGUGGCCCAUCGAAUCGAUGAAUUUCCAGCGUUAUAGAUAUACAGUUCAUAUCAGUCCUGAAAUGGAAACAGGCCAAAUUCCUACUCCAUUGAUGGAAUCCAAUCCACAGCAACAAAUUCCGUCAAAUCCGGUAUUAUAUAAUGCAGUGCCUCCUUAUAUCGUUCCAGUUUCGAAUUCGUUUCCACCAUUACCAACUGCACAUGGUUCUAAUGUCCAUACUGACACAAAUGUGUUGCCAUUUCCCUCAACUAAUAAUGCAUUUGUGGCACGAACAUUUACCGAACAUUUGCUUGAAAUUAAGAGAAUUGAUGAUUAUGCUGUCGACGGACGUGGCUCACGCUUCUUGCAAAAAGUUUUUGUUAGUGGAGAUAUAUCUAUUCGGCAGAAACUUACGGAUCAUUUUCUAAAAAUGGACAUCUUUGUUAGACUGUGCGAUAAUAUUUUUGCUAAUUUUUUUCUUCAAAAAUUGAUUGAACAGGCAGAAAAUGAUCAGCACGCGAUUAUUUGUUCAUUUCUUGAAACAAAUUUGGUAACAUUCAGUCGUGGUCGCUACUCGUGUCGAGUAGUGCAGAAAGCUUUCGAAUGUUUCGAUGUCGCUAAAUGCCUGUUACUUGUGGACAAAUUGGAUGGUAGUGAGAAAGACCUAUCACUGGACCAGAACGCGAAUCAUGUCAUUCAGAAGAUUUUUUUAUGCGUUCCUUUUUAUGGAUAUAGUGGCAUUAUUAAUAAGUAUAUGACAUCAACAGAUGUUCUAAAUGAAAUUGUGGAGAACAGAUAUGGAUGCCGAGUUAUUCAGCUAUCAAUUGAAAAGUUGGAAGAGGAAACUGCAAAAAAUUCUAAACCUGCUACAUUGCUUCUUGAACAGCUUGUUUCUAUGCUGUUAGAGAAUUGUCCGUCUUAUUCAACUCAUCAGUAUGCAAAUUACGUUGUUCAGCAUAUCAUAACGUCAAAUACGUUGGAAAAGCACCGUAAUACGAUAAUAUGCAAGCUUCUGAGCAAUUUACUAUCAAUGUCGCAAGAAAAGUAUGCUUCACACGUUGUUGAAAAAGCGUUAAAGCAUGCUCCACCCAAGCUUCUUCAUGCAAUGAUGGACGAAAUUUUUGAUGGCUACGAAUGUGACACAAGAGGACACGAUGCAGUGGAUGUUCUUCUUUUUGAUCAAUUUGGCAAUUAUGUCAUACAGACAAUGUUCGAUAUAGCCGUUGAAGCAAAAGAAAAAAAACGUGCGGGCAGCGAUUCCUGGUUUAAACGAUUAUCGGAACGAAUUAUCAAAAGUCAGCAAAAACUUAUAAAGUAUUCAUCGGGAAAAAAGAUUCUGGAAAAAUUGAACGCGGUAAUCUCAAACGACAAAAACAUCCAAGAUGAGAAUAUCGAUCCCUCUUUAAGGCCAAUGAUUGUUCCAAAAAAAUUUCGUUAA